AUGAGCAUAUUACUCUGGAUAUUUGUAUUUUUCGAAAUUCUCAUCGUCAAUGCGAAAAAAAGCUGCACGGCUUUCCUGUACCAAAAUAUCACGUGUGCCGACGAUGUGGAGAUACUAAUCGCCAUUGACGAUGCGAAUUAUACGCGCGAAGAGGCGCAGGACAUAAAGUGGAUGGGCCAACUUGGAGACUAUCGUAGCCCCAUCGAAUUUCAGUUCAAUCGCUGGCAAUAUUUGGGUACGGACGGAACGGAUAUGGAAGCAGCAUUCCGAACAGCGAAUGACGAAAUGGACACGUCCCGAUUUCGGCGCACCAACGCUCGAUCGGUCAUCAUCUUUGCUGCUGAGAACUUCAGAAAACAAGGUGACGUCGAAGAAUUUCUAGAAGACGUCAAGACAUUCAAGGACAACGAGGGUAUCAUCAUCGUCAUUGAUUUUGGCCAAGACCAUGAAUACGAGGCCCUGUUCCGCAAGAUUUCCAGCGGCGGCUUUUACAUGAAGUUCAGCAACGAUUGGACCUCCUUCAUCGAGCAGUUGAAUACGUUGUUAUGCCAAGCGAACUGCUUCUGCCCGGGUCAGGUCGAGCUUAGCGGCGGAACGAUCUUUGAGCCGAUAAGUGGCCCGUAUCAGCGGGUACCGACCUUUGGAUGCUUCUGGAGAUCCGAUCUUCCAGCCCUGGAAACGCUGGCCGAACAGGCUUGCAAAGGUUUGGGUAGCGCCGAGCAUCGGACAGAAAUGGCCAUCUACAGAGAGCCGGAGCAGAUGGCGUGGAUACGGGAAACCCACAAAGACGACCCCGGUGCAACGUUUGCCGCCAUGCAGCUGGAGCACGGGAAGUGGAUCUGGUUUGAUGGGGUGGAAUUUAACGGAGAAAUAAACGUGACCAACGUAAACGACAUCCACGCGACGUACGGCCCUAUAAAAGGCGAGGCACCGGCCCAAGCCUGGGGCUUCGCCACCAUCGGCGAAAAGGCAGGAGCCAAAUAUGUCUGCCAGACGCGGUGGUACGGCUGCCCAGCGGAAGGCUGCCCGGAAUUUUUCAGUAACCCCGACGCCCGUCGAAGUCACGUGAUGGCCAUUCACACGCCGCGCACCUGGGCCAGGUUGGAUGAUGAGGAUAUGCGUUCACCGCAUUCGACAAACUCGCAAACCGAACUGUUCCGCGGCCGCGAAUCGCCAAAAGAGGAGCAACGAAGCACGGCCACCGAGGGCUCACCUGAAAUUACCGUGCUUACCAUGUUGUCGCCUGUCGCUCCGACGCUGGUCUCACGUGGGACGCAGACUGACGAGGACCUCUACUGCCCACGUUGCUACAUUAAAAACGUCGGGCUUCACCCCACGAAGAAAAACAUCCCGCCGAUGCCCCCGAUGCGCGCCAAGUCUAAACAACGGCGCCAAAUAUGCCUCACACCGAGACCACCGGUU